ACCGAGGUGUUGCUGACUCCUAGGUCUCGCAGGUGUUGUUUAACUCGCGCUUCUCGAAGACGACAACGCAACGUGCCGUCCGUUUAACACUUGUUUUUGCGACGGACCUUCCUGCUGCAUAAUUUUUACUACAUCCUGGAGAUUCUUCGAACCUCGCUGGAGGUUCCGGGAAAUGUUCGAUUGAAUGGUUCGGAAAAAGUAGCAUGUGAAUUUGAAGGGCCCUAAGGGCCCCCGGGCCCGUGGCAAAUUUAUAAUAAGACUGUCUCAAUCGAAAUGAAUGCUGCACUUGCCGUUAGACUUCGAUUGCUGUUCAUUGCCCAUCUCAUUUACUUAUUUCAUUUUUGUUUAGGUGGUACUUGUUGGUCGGCCAUGGUACGUAACGGAAACGGGCGUUGCACGGAACUUCUCCACGAGAAAAUGUCGAAAGAAGAUUGUUGCUCCGGACGCUCUGUAACGACAUCCUGGUCGGCAGAGGAACUUGAUUCUGGAACGUUGUUUUUCUGGAGAAUACUAGGUGGUGGAGUGCGAUGUUCUUCAUGUCGAGAAUCAUGUAAAGAAGUCGUAUGUGAUGUAGAUAAGACUUGUGUAUUGCGCAAAGGCACUCCAAAAUGCGUGUGUGCCUCCAAAUGCAGAGAAGGAAAAUUCCGUCCCUUAAAAGGGCCUGUCUGCGGAACCGAUGGCCGGAGCUAUAGAAACAUAUGUAGGUUAAGAAAACAAUCGUGUCGUCGUAGAUCUAAUUCUCUGACUAUUGCUUACAAGGGCAUGUGUCAAAGUUCCUGUGAUAAAAUUGUCUGUCCGUCGAAUAAACAUUGCUUAUUGGACCAAAAUUUAACACCGCAUUGUGUGAACUGCACACGAAAAUGUCCAAACGUUCCGAAACGUCGUCAAGUGUGCGGAUCAGACAGUAUUACAUAUCCUAGCGCCUGUCAUUUGAGAGAAAAAGCUUGCAGGAGAGGCAAAGCUAUCCCUAUUGCGUACAAGGGACCUUGCCGAGCAAGAGCUACUUGCAAGAAAGUGAAAUGUCGGGACGGCCAGUCGUGUCUAAAAGAUCUCAACACCGGGAUGCCCAGAUGUGUUAGCUGCACGACUAGCUGCCGACCAAGACACGUCAUGAGAGGACCAAUAUGUGGUACUAACAAUAGUACCUACCAUACUUGGUGCCACAUGGUACAGGAUUCUUGCUAUAAGGGAUAUGUGAUCGACACAAUGUAUCCUGGAAGGUGUAAGUCCAAACUAACGUCGAUAUGAUUAUCAUAUUGUGAUUAGUAUUAAUAACUAAGCCAAAGAUUUACAACGAUCUGGAAAUGUACUGUUUAAAAUAAAUUUGCAAUAGUUAAUGAAUUUUAGAUUGGUAGCUAAUGUAAUUUAUAACAUAAUUCCGAAGUAGCGACAUUAAUAAUUAUAUACAAUCGUUGUUAUAAUCAUUAAGAAUAACUAGACCUAGAAUUUUGUAGGAUUUUCUAAUUAAAUUAUCAUUAAAGUAAAAAAAUUUUUUUUUUGUUGUUUUCAUAUAUUAUUCGACUGAGUUUUAAUUCUCGGUAAUCUCAAGUAUAGUAUAUUUCAAGAAUUUGCGACUAUUUUGGAUUGGGUAUGCAAGCAAAGUGGCACAUUGUGCUAAGAAAGUUAAUAGCAAAUUCUCCCAAUAUUUGAAUCCUUG